AUGCAGUUGCUUGGGUUCCUUGUUUUCUUAGGCGUCGCGGCUGCCGAGGAUGGCCUUAAGGGCUGGCUGCGGUACGCACCAUUGACAUGUUCAGACCGAUGCCAUUCCAACCUGCCCUCGGGUAUUGUCACCUUCAACACGACAACAACAAGCCCUGUGUAUGUUGCGGGAACCGAGUUGCAGAAUGGCCUCCAGGGCAUCUACAAGAAGAACGUCCAGGUCACUCACAAAAAGUGCAACACUGCUUCUUCCGUCGUUGUUGGUACUCUUGACCAGUAUCGCCAGGCAUGCGGCGCUGUGAGCGGUAUUCCCGACCUAGAAGAAGAUGGCUUCUGGCUGAGCACCAAGGGAAGCAAUGUCCAAAUCCUUGGACAGAAUGAGCGAGGCGCACUAUAUGGCACCUUUGAGUACCUGUCGAUGCUAGCACAAGGCAAUUUCUCUAAAGUUGCAUACGCAUCGAACCCCUCGGCCCCAAUUCGAUGGGUAAACCAGUGGGAUAAUAUGGAUGGAAGCAUUGAGCGUGGUUAUGGUGGUCCAUCUAUCUUCUUCAAGAACGGCCAAAUUGUCCAAGACCUCACCCGCGUCACUGAAUAUGCCCGCCUGCUGGCCUCCAUCAAGAUCAAUGCCGUGGUGAUCAAUAACGUCAACGCCAAUGCCACACUUUUGAGCCCGACCAAUCUGGAGGGAGUCGCUCGGGUCGCUGAUGUUUUCCGGCCGUACGGUAUCCAAGUCGGACUGUCCCUGAAUUUCGCAUCUCCUCAAACCUUUGGUGGACUCGGCACUUUCGAUCCACUUGAUGCAUCUGUCAUUGAAUGGUGGUCGAACAUCACGGCCCAAGUCUACGAGCGGGUUCCCGACAUGGCUGGCUAUCUUGUGAAAGCUGAUUCUGAAGGACAGCCGGGCCCUCAGACAUACAACAGAACCCUUGCAGAUGCAGCCAAUCUGUUUGCCAAGGGGGUGCAACCAUAUGGUGGCAUUGUCAUGUACCGCGCUUUUGUCUACGAUCAUCAUCUCAACGAGACCAACUGGAGAGAUGAUCGUGCGAACGCGGCAGUUGAGUUCUUCAAGCAUCUUGACGGCGAAUUUGAAGGCAACGUGGUAAUUCAGAUCAAAUAUGGGCCUAUCGACUUCCAGGUCCGUGAGCCGGUUUCGCCUUUAUUCGCCAACCUGGUCAAUACCAGCAUGGCCAUCGAACUACAAGUCACACAAGAGUACCUUGGCCAGCAAUCCCAUUUGGUAUAUGUUGCUCCCCUUUGGAAAGAAAUUCUGAACUUCGACCUUCGGAUCGACCAGAAACCAUCGCUCGUCAGUGAUGUUGUGACUGGCAAACGAUUCAAACGAAAGCUGGGUGGCUCAGCAGCUGUCGUCAACGUGGGUACGAACAGUACUUGGCUCGGCAGCCACAUGUCAAUGUCGAAUCUAUAUGCAUACGGUCGUUUGGCUUGGAAUCCUUCGGACGACGCUGAAGAGAUCCUGCAAGACUGGACCAGACUGACUUUCGGACUCAACCAAAAGGUUCUCGAUACCAUCACCCGCAUCUCGAUGGAUUCUUGGCCCGUAUACGAACAAUAUAGCGGUAACCUAGGUAUCCAAACCCUGACCGACAUUAUUUACACUCAUUACGGCCCUAGCCCUGCAUCUCAAGACAACAAUGGAUGGGGUCAAUGGACACGAGCGGAUCAAACAAGCAUUGGAAUGGACCGUACCGUGUCAAACGGGACCCGAUUCUCAGGCCAAUACCCAAAGGAGAUUGCUGCCAUGUAUGAAGAUGUCGAGACCACACCCGAAGAGCUUCUGCUGUGGUUCCACCAUGUCAAUUAUACCCACCGUCUGUCUUCAGGAAAAACAGUGAUACAGCACUUCUACGACUCGCAUUACACUGGCGCUGAACGAGCACAAGGAUUCCUCGACCAGUGGGAGGCACUUCAGGGCAAGGUCGACCCUGAACGAUACGAGCACGUCCGCCGUUUCCUCGACUACCAAACCGGCCAUUCAAUCAUUUGGAGAGAUGCAAUCAACAAUUUCUACUACAACCUUUCCGGGAUUCCCGAUGAAGGCCAACCUGUCGAUCAUCACCCGUGGCGCAUUGAAGCCGAAAGCAUGAAACUUGAGGGCUACAAGACCUACGACGUCACCCCCUUCGAAACAGCCUCUGGCGCCGUUGCGAUCGUCACAACGUCAAAUAGCACUGCUGGCACAGCGUCUACCAAGAUACAGUUCCCCUCCGGGACUUACGAUCUUGCAGUGAAUUAUUAUGAUCUCUAUGGUGGCAAGUCUCAAUGGAAGGUCUAUCUCAACGAUCGUCCCAUCGGCCAGUGGGUUGGAAAUUCCGAGGAAACUCUCAGCCAUACACCUUCGAUCUAUCUGGACGGACACUCUGCUACUCGUGUCAAGUUCCGGAAAAUCAAGGUCAAGCGGGGUGAUACUUUGAAGAUUAUUGGCAUGCCUGAUGGCACUGAGCCAGCACCUUUGGACUAUGUGGCCUUGCUACCAGCAGGCACUUUAGACUAG